UCCAAAAUCCAAACGUACCUUAGAGAGUCGAUUCACCGUGAGGGAGGAGUACCGUUUGUCGUCUUCAACCUCUCUAGUUUCUUUUCUUUUAGUCAAGCUUGGGUUUAAGAGCCAAGAAGCCCUAAUUAUUCUCGAUUAAUUCCUAUCUCAAACCCCAUUCUCAAUCACCGGAACUCAUCGUCAACCUCACCGGCGGUUACUUGUUUCUGUUCUCGUGCACUUUGCUGCAGUUAAAAUGACCAAACCAGCGCCUCAAAGCAUCCCCGCCGCCACUACUAAACCAGUCUACUAAUAACCCACAAAUCACGGUUUCGAUCAUUGAAAAGCGCCACUUCGAACUCUACAUCUCCGCCAUUAAAGUCUGCUUCGGCUGGAAUUUCUUCCUUAAUAACUACCACACUAAGCGCCAUAUUUCCACCUCCAUUACAGUCCGAUUCAAUUUUUUUUUCUCUUUACUUUUUUCCAUUCAUUGAACGGCUGUUUGAUGCCACCUCCAUAACAUUUUUCUCUUUACUUUUUUCCACCUCCAUAACUUUGUCUGAUUGCUUAAGUGAGGCCCAUCAACCAUGGGACGUGGUUAGUGUUGAGAUUUGAUGCCACAUUACUGAAAAUCUCUGUCCAUUUUUCUUGUUCCAUUGGAUGCUCUGAAGAUGGAAACCUUAGCGGUUUCACCCCAUUUUCUCCCACCACGUAGUCGUUCAUCUACAAAGGUUUCUGUCGGCUCACUUUGCAGCAGAAGAUCGAUAUGCUCUCUUACUUUGCCUAUCUCCCGCUUCCUUUCCCACUCUCGGUCGUGUAACCUGACUCAGCUCACUGUAAAGUGUUCAGCUCUCUCUUAUCCGUCGUUAGCUGAAGAUGGCGCAGUGAAGUUUACAGAAGCUUCAAAGAACGGAAAAAACUUAAUUCCACUCUAUCGCUGCAUUUUCUCAGACCACCUAACUCCUGUGCUUGCUUACCGAUGCCUGGUUAAAGAAGAUGAUCGAGAAGCUCCAAGCUUUUUGUUCGAAACAGUCGAGCAGGGUUUUCGAGCUUCGAAUGUUGGACGGUAUAGUGUGAUUGGAGCUCAGCCGAAAAUGGAAGUUGUGGCAAAGGAUAACUUCGUUACAAUCAUGGACCAUGAGGAAGGGAGUAGGACAGAGGAAUAUGUUGAUGAUCCAAUGGUAGUUCCUCGGAGAAUUAUGGAGAAGUGGAGGCCCCAACGUGUUGAUGAGCUUCCAGAUGCAUUUGUUGGUGGCUGGGUUGGUUACUUCUCAUAUGAUACAGUGAGGUAUGUUGAGAAGAAAAAGCUUCCUUUCUCAAGUGCACCUGAAAAUGAUAGAAACCUGGCUGAUGUUCACCUAGGCCUCUAUGAUGAUGUUAUAGUGUUUGAUCAUGUGGAAAAGAAAGCAUAUGUGAUCCAUUGGGUGUGGCUAGAUCGGUACUCCUCAGUUGAUGAAGCCUACAAUGAUGGAUUGAACCGCUUAGAAAUUUUAGUGUCUAAAGUGCAAGAUAUUGAUCCGCCAAGGCUAUCUUCAGGUUCUGUGAAAUUACACACCCGCCAUUUUGGUUCUUUAGUAAAGAAAUCAAAUAUGACAAGUGAAGAUUACAAGAAAGUAGUAGCACAGGCAAAAGAACAUAUCCUAGCAGGUGAUAUUUUCCAGAUUGUUUUAAGUCAAAGAUUUGAGCGCCGAACAUUUGCAGACCCAUUUGAGAUAUACAGGGCUUUGAGAGUUGUAAAUCCAAGUCCGUAUAUGACUUACUUACAGGCUAGAGGAUGUAUUCUUGUUGCAUCAAGCCCUGAAAUUCUUACUCGUGUGAAGAAGGGGAAGAUUACUAAUCGACCACUUGCUGGGACUGUUAGAAGAGGAAAGACAGACAAGGAGGAUGAUAUGAUGGAAAAGCAGCUGCUGAAUGAUGAAAAGCAAUGUGCAGAACACAUUAUGCUAGUAGAUUUGGGACGGAAUGAUGUUGGAAAGGUAUCCAAAUCUGGCUCUGUGAAGGUGGAGAAGCUUAUGAAUAUUGAACGAUAUUCUCAUGUAAUGCAUAUCAGCUCCACGGUUACUGGUGAAUUGCUUGAUGAUCUUACUUGCUGGGAUGCUUUGCGUGCUGCAUUGCCUGUUGGAACAGUCAGCGGUGCACCAAAGGUCAAAGCAAUGGAGUUGAUAGAUCGACUAGAGGUCACAAGGCGAGGGCCAUAUAGUGGUGGAUUUGGUUACAUUUCUUUUUAUGACAAUAUGGACAUAGCUCUGGCUCUUAGAACCAUUGUUUUCCCUACUGGGACUCGAUAUGAUACUAUGUACUCAUACAAGGACGCAAACAAGCGACGGGAGUGGAUUGCCCACCUUCAAGCUGGAGCUGGGAUUGUGGCUGAUAGUGACCCAGAUGAUGAGCAAAGAGAGUGUGAGAACAAAGCAGCUGCUCUUGCCCGGGCUAUUGACCUAGCAGACUCUACAUUCAUUGAGAAAUGAGUGCUUGCCUCUAAAUGGCACUGCAUUCAGUUAAACAUGGAUUUGGAUGCGGGUAGCUGCUUAUAGUCAAUCAUGUCUAAUAUUGGUCAAUAUGUAAAAAGGUGUUUUGUCCAUGUCGAACACUUCCGUAUCUAGUGUUGAUUUUGUAUCCAAACAUGCAUGCCAACUUUUUUCUUUUCUUGCUUUACCAAGCAUUCAUGCAAACUGUGUUUAAUAUUUUAUUAGAAGUUUUUCAAUUUAUCAAUAUCUAAAUGAGGAAACUAAAUCCAUUCAUGA